AGCCGCCUCUGCCAUUGUUGAGACAAGAAGACCUCCUCCUCGCAAGGGUAUCCCCGCAAGUAGCAGUGUCACCCGAGCAUAAACAAACACGCGCGCGCCCAAUGCCACACGAAGACGACUUCGACACGAGGUCGCCACUGCUCGAGAGCAGUGCCGGCCGCGGAACCGCCCCCGGUGGGCUGACUGGCACAGUGGCUGCGGCCUUCAACUCGGCCCAGGUCGCGGUGUCGCAAGUGGUGUCCUCGGUGGCCAACUCCCCGGCCCUGCUCGGCACCGGGUACCAACCGGUUCCGGGCGGCAGUGCCGGCGAGGCCGCGCCCAUGGACGGCGCCAUGCGCUUUGCUCGCCCGCAGCAGCAGCAGCAGCAGCAGCAGCAGCACCAGCACCAGCACCAGCAGCCGGCCACCGGUGUCACCUCUCCGCGCAUCCUCAGCCACUUGAUGCCCUCGCCGCACAUGCUGGCACUUCAGCACCAGCAGCACCAUGCGGUCGUCGACCCGAACGACCCGCACGACCCGUCCACGGUGCUGGUCCAUGCCCUUUCGCCGCAGGUGGUCCCCCUGGGGGGGGCCGGCAUGCUGUCCCCCAGCCUGACGGCCGUAUCUAGCAUUCCGGUGGGUGCCGGGGCCCCGAGCCAGUCGGCCCGGCCGGCCGGGGUCAUCCCCUACAAUCCAUCGCACAUGCACUCGCACUUCCACUCGGAGGUCGAGUCCUAUGCUACCGGCCCGGUGGGGCUGCACAGCAGCUUCGGCACCACGGCCUCCCCGGCCAUGACCAGCGGCCCCCGGUCGACCUUCCUCUCGGCCCAGGCAUCCCCCAUGCUGGCGGCCCCCUCGCCGCGGGUGUCCACCCUGAAGGAGCUGAAGCCGCAAAUGCAAAGCUCCGCCAGCUUGGCCGCACAGGCGGACGCCGCUUUCAAGAAUGGCGGCCUGAGCCUGGGUUUCGAUUCCAUUUCCUUCCGCGUCCGCGAGCCAAGCGGCAAGAAGAAGGCCAUCCUGACCAAUGUCAGUGGCUUCAUCGAUUCGGGCCGCACGUGCGCCAUCAUGGGAGGAUCUGGCUGCGGGAAGACCUCCCUGCUGAGUGUGCUGUCCGGCAUGAACACCUCGCGCCACAUCCAGGGUCAGCUGUACCUGGACGGGCAGCCGGUCAGUGCGAAGACCGUGCGCAUGGUUUCGGCGUAUGUCCUGCAGGAUGAUCGUCUUUUGCCGCGGCUGACCGUGCAGGAGACCAUCCUCUUCGCGGCCAAGCUCCGUUUGCCCUUCGGCAUGAGCGAGAAGGAGAAAAAGAGUCGAGUGCGUGUUUGA